AUGGCGGAGAGGAAACACAGGGGGGACACGGCAACGGGCUUCGUCGUUUCCGAAAGGGUGCUUCGCCUGUUGGGGAUCUGGCCCUUGAACGCUGACUGCGUCUUUAAGUCAUCUCUGGGGCGAUGGUGCUUCGCCAUGCUGACGCAGGUGAGCACCAUCUGCAGCCUGUCUCUGGAGGUCUACCGUCACUGCCUGGACCUGGACGACACGAUAGACGCGUUCGUCAUGGAUCUCUCCUCCGUCAUCUGCCUGUCGAAGGUGUUCAUCCUGCGGUUCAACUGGAAACACACCUACUCCCUCGUCAAUUCGAUCACGGAGGAUUGGUCUGAUGUGGAGGACUUCCGCUACCGCAGUGUCAUGACUAAGUAUCACGAAAAGGGGCGAACCGUGUCGCUGCUGAUGCUGUACCUGGGCUACGCCUCCGGACUUUCCUUUGUCGUCAAGGCUUUGCCUCUGCACAUUCUCCUGCCCUUUCAGAUACUUCACAGCCCAAGGAACUCGACGGACAUCGUAGACCAGCAGUCCCUGAAAAGGGACUACUUCCUGUCGACCUACUGCGUGUUCGGCGCGCAGCCCGUGAUCCACAGAGCCUGCGUGCUCGCGGUCCAGGCGGCUCACAUAUUCGUGAACGCGGUCGGCCAUUGCGGCAACGACGGCCUCUUCUUCAGCCUGACGAUGCACCUGUGCGGCCAGUUCGAGGUGCUCAAGAUGAGGCUGGCCGAGAUCGAGAUCGAGAAGUCCGGCUAUCGCAGGAAAAUCGGCAUGCUGGUGAAGCGGCACUGCCGCCUCGUGCUGCUCGCGGACGAUCUGGAGCAGAGUUUCAACGUGGUCAUGCUGGUACAGCUGCUGAUGAGCCUGUUAUUGCUCUGCGUCGAAGGUUUCAUGAUGAUCGUCUGCCUGAACGCGAAGGACAGAGUCGGCACGCUGAAGUGCACGGUGAUCGUGGUGACGUUGCUGAUGCAGCUGUACGUCUACACCUACGCAGGCGACGCCCUCGAGUCGCGGACCGGCGAAAUCUCGUUCGCCGCCUACGAUUCGGACUGGUACCGUUCCCGGGGCCACGCGGCGAGGGACCUGGCACUGAUCAUCAACCGCGGGAACUCGCCCUUCCGCGUCACCGCCGGGAAAUUCGUGCCCAUGAACUUGCUCACGUUCAAAGAGAUACUAAAAGCAUCCGCCUCUUACAUGUCCGUCCUGAAGGUAAUGAUGGACGCGUGA